UAUGAUCUUUCAUCGCAGUCGCUAAUCUACUAUCACCACUUUCUCCUCCUCUACCUCCUUACCUCCUUGUGACAUCAACAGUGUGGUUUCGCCCUGGACCAUUCCCAGAACCAUGCUGCAUUUUCGCACGGAGGGCUAUAACGGCUGUGCGGUUAAGUACUCCCCGUUCUUCGAUAACCGGCUGGCCGUCGCCGCGUCGGCCAACUUUGGACUCGUGGGAAAUGGACGGAUGUACAUUUUGGAGUUAACUCCAAACGGAAUUGUACCCGUGAAAUGGUUUACCACCCAAGACUCGCUCUACGACCUUGCAUGGUCUGAGAUUCACGAAAACCAAGUUCUUACAGCCUCCGGGGACGGUAGUAUUAAGUUGUUCGAUUGCAACCUGAGCGACUUCCCUGUCCAGAAUUGGAAGGAACAUAACCGCGAGGUCUUCAGUGUGCACUGGAAUCUCGUCGCGAAAGACCGUUUCUGCUCCAGUAGCUGGGAUGGUACUGUGCGCGUCUGGACCCCCGAUCGUCCGCAUUCUCUCGUCACUCUUCCUACACACAGCUGCACUUACUCCGCAUCCUUCUCGCCACAUUCUCCCGACAUCCUUUCCUGUGUUACGUCCGACUCUUACGUCCGUCUGUUUGACCUUCGAACUCCGGCUUCCGCCUCCAACCACCUCACUCUCCAGAUCCCCAUCCAUGCGGCCCCAGUAUCUCCGAUUCCUGGUAAACCGGGUGUUCCACCGGCCGCCUGUCCUCCUUCCGAAGCUCUGACACAUGACUGGAAUAAAUAUCGACCUUCUAUCCUGGCCACCGCGGGCGUGGAUCGGACGAUUCGCACUUUCGACAUUCGUGCCCCGCAGCAGGGCCCACAAACCGUGAUGGUCGGACACGACUACGCCAUCCGCAAGGUCUCCUGGUCGCCACACUUAUCUAAUGUUCUCCUUAGUGGAAGCUACGACAUGACCUGUCGUGCAUGGAACGACCAAUCCCCCCCUGGAGUCGUUGGGGAUGUCGACUCGAUGCGGGCGGGUCCUAGUCCAACGAUGGGAGUGGAGAUGGGUCGAAUGGCGCGUCAUACAGAGUUCGUAACAGGAGUCGACUGGUGUAUGUUUGGAAGUGAGGGAUGGUGUGCCAGUGUGGGAUGGGACGAAAGUCUGUAUGUGUGGGAUGUCCGGGCAGUCAUGGGAUAGACGCCCAUCUGAUUUUGGAUGACCCGUCUUGGUUUAUUUCUUCCUUCUGUAUUGGAUAUUAGAUUGCAUGAUACCAUUUCCUGGCAGCGAUUGAUUGGCCUGUCGGAUAUUGAAUACUUUAUGACUACGAUUCUGGUUAUUAAGUACUGUUGUCACUUGGGGUAUAG